GCCGAGUCUUCCGGUGAAUCGUCGGAGCUGUUGCUCAACUGCCUGGCUGCAAUGAAUAAUCUCACUUACUUUAUGCAGCCCAUCUCAGUCCAUCUGACGGGCUCCAGCUCAAGACCGAUCACUCUCGUCAAGCGUGAGUACACUCUUAACUUUAUCUUGACUCUGCCAAAUUCGGGUGAUUUGAUGUAUCUUUUGCUAUCUGUCGCCUGGACCUUGGUAGAUUGUAUUUGA